AUGACGCUAGACAAGACUGUGCGACAAGUAGCUGGUAAAAUGAAGGAAAUCCAAGCCAAGUUUGCUUCUGGAGAGAUAGCCUCUGACCGAUUCAAGCUAGAGGACUUCUUGUGUCAAUGCGAGCAGUUCCCUUUGGGGUGCCGGCCUAUCACUUUAGCAGAGCUGGGCGCGGGUUUCCCCGUUUACUUCGAUUUUAUGAAGGCGCUCCGGAACCUGAUCGUGAUGCUCUUUCUGAUAUCCAUCAUCAUGUUAGUGUCGAACGCCAAUGCGGACUCGAUGGACCUCAUGAUACCUAUAGGGCAACCCAAGGCGAGCCGUGACCCUAGAUAUCUUCCUCCUGGCUCACUCCUGGGAAUCAUGGUUACUACGGUAACGAAGGCCCUGAGUUGUAAGCAAGUUAAUCCUGGGUAUCCCGAGCCUAGCAAUAACCCUCAUGGUGUUAUUGACGAUGGCAUUUUCAGUAGGCUUCGGUAG